UCACUAGUCACUAUUGUACUCGGUUACUAAAAGAACCCGUGCAUCUUAUAAAAACAAACUGUGGUGGGAGUAUAAAAGGGAUCCAUUUACCAUCAUUUUCUCUGUGCCAAAAUUUCACUCACUCUAUCCUUAAUUUCAGAGCCUACACUGAGGACUGAGGAGAGAGAAAAUGUCGCCGGAAAAACCCACUUUAGGUACACCACAAUCGGUGGAGGUAGACGAAACAUCGGAGACGAGAAAUAAAGCAAGGCUAGCAAUCAUGGAACUCGCCAACAUGAUAAGUGUCCCAAUGGCUUUAAACGCCGUCGUCCGCCUUAAAGUCCCCGCCGCAAUCUGGUCUUGUGGGGCCAACACACCUCUCACCGCCGCCGCAAUCAUCUCUCUCAUCCUCCCUAACAACCCCGAAGCGGAUGCCGAUAAUCUCGCUCGCCUCCUCCGCCUCCUCUCCACCUACGGUGUCUUCUCCGAACACCCACCUCUCGACGGAGAUAUUUUCCGGCGGUAUUCUCUCACGGAGGUCGGCCGGACUUUGGUUGCCGGAGGCGGUGGCGGCGGCGGUGGCGACGACGGCGGAGGGUCGUCGCACGGGGAGUAUGUGCUGCAACACCACCAGGAGGCGCUGGUGCGGGCGUGGCUGCAGGUGGACCGUGCGGUGGUGGGGCCAACGUCGAAGACACCGUUUGAGGUGGCUAAUGGGGAGCCGGCGUAUGAUUACUAUGGGAAGAAUGAAGAGAUGAAUGGGCUGAUGCAACGGGCGAUGGCCGGGGUGUCGGUGCCAUUUAUGAAGGCGGUGGUGGAAGGUGGUUAUGAUGGGUUUGAUGGGGUGGUGAAGUUGGUGGAUGUGGGUGGUAGUGCUGGUGAUUGUUUGAAGAUGAUUAUGAGUAAAUAUGGGGGGAUUAAAGAAGGGAUUAAUUUUGAUCUUCCUGAAGUUGUUGCUCAAGCUCCUCAAAUCCCAGGUGUGACCCAUGUGGGCGGUGACAUGUUCAAAUCCAUUCCUUGUGGUGAUGCAAUCUUCAUGAAGCACAACCUCUUUUCAGGAGAUGAUGCACCAGAAAUCGGAAUGCACUUCAUAAUCCUAAUUCCACUACAAGAUGAUAUCAUAAGUUGAGUCUCGAAUUAUUGUAAUAAUAACAAAAACUUCCUCUUUAUAUAUUCCAGUGCCUGGAAAUUAUGAAACUUUAAGUUUUGAAAUUUGUACUAUGUUUGAGUGUUUCAUAAUCUUAUAAAGUGAUCGUGUCGGGCACUUGAACACUCAACAAGGAUAUGAAAUUCAUACUGAACACUUCGAUUUUCUCCCCAACACCUCAGUUAUGUAAAAUUAUAGAAAUAAUGGAAGAUCAAAGGGACAGUUGUGCAAUGUAUGCUCGGACAUGGGUUUGUUUUGAGAAAUUCAACACUAAUAACAUGUUUCAUGAAUACAGUGUCACUGCACUCAUCCAAUUCUAGGACAGGAUCUCCAUGUCUAAAGUUUUGAACCUUGGCAAGUUUAAGUUUAACGCUUGGAUUUGUACCUGUACCUGUGUCUAAGUAACAUAGCU